UCAGAAAACAGAAGGGAAUGGUGCUUGCCCAAGUUUCCACCCGGAAAGAAAUUGCCUAGAGGAGAAUCCACAGGGAAUGUGAUGCUUUUAAAGAUAAUAUUGCAGGUUUUUUCUGUGGUUGCAUGGUGUGAGCAUAUUAUGUGAGUCACUAUGAUGGGAAGGGAACGAAACAGAGGAGGAGAACUGGAUCCUUCAUUGUUUAUCUACUUGAAGUUAAACCAUGACUUGAAAAAUAAGAAGUAUUAGCCUGUAUUCUUAAAAAUCUUUGGAUUCCAACUACAUUUUGCUCUAAACCAAGUGCUUAUAUAGAAGUUAUUGUUACUGUAUCAGGUCUUGUGUCUAAGUCUGCUUGUCCUAACAGAAUCUUUAAAUGUGGAAACAGAGUUUCAUAUUUCAUCUGACUGCAUCUUCUAGCAAUUUACUUACCAGAAUUACUUUAAAUAUGAAUACUAAGUAUGUUUAGAGCUAUGAAAAGCCCUAGUACUUCUACCAUCUGAAAUAGUAGUUUGACUCCAGUCAUGUGACACAAGUAGUUUGUGUGCAAUCAGUCUUCCAAUAGCCAAGUACUAAGAUUUUGUCUGAUGAUAACGUGACUUAAAGUUGCUUUCCUCUCAGUAUGGCUAUGCUUUUUACACAAAUAAUUUAUAAGAAGUAUGUAGUUUUGUCAGCAUCCAAUAGCUCAGACUGACUGUUGGGAGAGAAAUCCUCCUCCAUCUGAUUGACUUCCUGGUGACCAGCUACAGACGUGACCCGGUUAUUACUCGGUUACUCAAUAACACCCGGAUUCACAUCAUGCCAACAAUGAAUCCUGAUGGGUUUGAGGCUACAAAAGUGCCCGACUGCUACUACACACGAGGAAGGUACAAUAAGAACGGAGAAGAUCUAAACAGAAAUUUUCCUGAUGCCUUUGAAACUAACGACGUCAGUGUUCAGCCAGAGACUCAAGCAGUAAUGAACUGGAUAAAAAAUGAAACGUUUGUUCUUUCAGCAAACUUGCAUGGGGGUGCCCUGGUUGCCAGUUACACCUUUGAUAACGGUAACAAAGUGACCGGCUCUUUGCAAGGCUACAGCAGGUCUCCGGAUGACGAUGUCUUCAUUCAUCUGGCAAAAACCUACUCUUUCAACCAUGCCAGCAUGUAUAAAGGAAUUAGGUGUGACAACAGGCAAACCUUUCCAGAUGGCAUUACCAAUGGGUACUCUUGGUACCAGCUGGAAGGUGGAAUGCAAGAUUACAACUACAUCUGGGGACAGUGUUUUGAAAUUACAUUGGAGCUGUCAUGCUGUAAAUAUCCUCCAGAAGACCAACUGGAAAACUUCUGGAAUGACAACAAAGUUGCUCUGAUCGAAUACAUAAAACAAGUCCAUCUGGGUGUCAAGGGUCAAGUGACCGAUAAGAAUGGGGAUCCUAUUCCUAAUGUCAUCGUGGAGGCCAAAGGGAGGCCUCACAUCUGCCCCUACAGAACAAAUGAACAGGGGGAGUACUUUCUACUCCUUUUGCCUGGGACGUACGUGAUCAAUGCUACCAUACCGGGAGUUAAGUCCAUCCUGGAGACAGUGGAAAUACCUGACACUACUGGCAACUUCAGUGCUUUGAAGCAUGACUUCUCUUUCUCUGAAGUCUCCGUCAAAUCAAGAGGUGCUUUGUGUCCCAAAAUUCCCCUCUACCAAAAGCUCGAACAGGCUUCUGCUGCAGCAAGGCCAACUCUCCAGCUCUUGGUUUUAAUGACCGUUAUGCUCGUAAUUUUCAAAUGAAGUCAGGAAUUGAUGUGUUGUGACAAGGCAAAAAUCUUCCUGCAAGAACAUGGCUUCUCAGACAAUUGUAAAUGCAAAAGAAUGUAUGUUUUUAUAAACCAAAUUCUCAGAUUUA